AUGAACGAUACAAAAUUUUCUUCUAUUCCCACGAAACGUGGGAGUACAAUAAAUAUUGAUAAAAUUAAUGGUCGAAUUCCUUCAAAUAUACCGCUAUAUCUCUUCGCUUUUCUUGUUUUUUCAAAGAUAAUAUUUGCUUUUUCAACUCAUAUAGCACGUGAAUGUUUUCUAUUAUGUGGUGCUCCCGUUUCUGUUGUCACUUUUGGUGUCCUAGGUGGUGCUGGCCUAAUGUUAUUAGCAUGGCAAAACUUUAUGGGUGGUCAUAAAGCUCUCAGUAGUACGAAGUGGCCAAAGGUCGCUUUAUAUACCAUAAUAUAUACUACUCAAAUGUAUUUUUGGUUUAUGGGUCUUUCAAGGCUAAAAUCUUCAAG